AGGGGGGUCGAUUGUGUAUUCAUCUUUCGUCCAUUUUUAAAUAACGUAAGAAGUUAUUCGAGAGCUUUUAUAAUGGAAAAAGGAAAAAAAAACACCCGCAAAUUUCGAGUCUAUUAACGUUUCUUUCGCGAAUAAUUAAAGAGGGGGAGGAAAUGGAUUUGCGAACAAAACUUUAUAUUAAAAUUUUAAAAAUUAGAACCAAAGAUUAUUGCGAAUAAAAGAAAUUCCUUUCGAGAUCGUCCGAGCAUUUACACACGAUUAUUUAGAAAAAAGAAAAGAAAAGAAAAAAAACUACCUCACCUUCACAAUGGUGGAAGUCUUAGAUUUAAAGUAGGACAAAUACUAACCAAUGAAACUAUUAGUAAGGCGGAGUUAUCGAGAGGCCUAUUGCAAACUUUGCUUCGGCAACUUUCUCUACUCGGAAAAAAAGGGUACCAAAAUAUAGGUUAAAUCUAACUGGACAUUAAUUGCUCGUAUAAAAGGUGACAUCUGACAGACCUCACCAUUUGCACCUGGAUUCACUCGCCCAGGUAAGUCGUGCGAUUUCUCCGACUUCUUCGCCUUGGCCCGUUAGUGCCGGACUAAUUAUUGGGAUUUUUUUUUAUUUUAGGUUCAAAAUAUGAAGCUACUUAUUAUCGCCCUUCUGGCCUUCGGGUCCGUCGUAACCGCGGAACACAGGAUUAAACGUCAGUUCCCCGGACCCAGAGAAGAGCGGGCGUACGAAUAUAACAGAGGUCGACAGGAAAAAGCCGCGGAUCAACGACCUCCGGCAGAAAGGAGCUUCUUCCAACAAGACGACGGAGCUUACCAAGUGCCCAGACGACAAUUCCAAGCUCAACCCGUCCAGCAAUAUUCUCAGUCGAGUAGACCUCGACAGCAAUCUCCCUCGGCGCAACGUUACGCGCCGCCGCCACCCGCUCCCGCUCCGGUUCAACGGUAUUCCCCCCCGCCGGCCCCACCCGCUCCGGCACCAGUUCAGCGGUACGCACCGGAACCGGCACCCGAUCGGGCCCCCCCACCUGAACACAGAGCCCGUUCAGUUCAGUACGAAGAGAGUCCUCCUCCACCCAGACGCAAAGCGGACAACAGGCAAUACAGAAAACCCUCCGGCAGCGCGCCUCAGCAACAACUGAACGGAGAAUACCCGGAAGAGGAGGAGGAAGAAAAGCCCGACGCAUUGAGUUUACUCCUUCAAAAUUCGAAAUUCACCUGUUCUUCUAGAAACGACGGUUAUUACGCCGACAACAGCAUCGAUUGUCAAGUGUUCCAUUAUUGCGUGGGAGGAGCGCGUCAUUCUUGGAUGUGUCCGGCCGGCACGGUCUUCCACCAAGUUCAUCUCAACUGCGUCCCCGCCAGUCAAGACAUUUGUAAACAAUCGGAAAAAUUCCACUUCGUUAACGAUUAUCUUUAUAAGCCGUACCAAGGACCAAAUAAUACCAUUUUAUAUCACGAAAAAUACUAUCCGGACGGAUAUUCCAUCGGAGAUCCCCUAGUCCCUCCUCAACAGCGAAACAAACAACAAGAACCUCGAUACGAAGCGCAAGAAGAAAAUUACGGCCCUCCUCCGGCUCAGCAUCAACCUCAACCCAGACCACCGCCCAGACAGUCGGCACCUCCGCCUCAAUACAAACCUCAACCUCCUCCUCCUCCACCUCCUCCUCGUUCCCAACCUUCGUACAGCGCUCCUCCCCCUCCUCGUCAUCGAGCACCGGCUUACAACCCGCCACCCCCUCCUCCGCCCCCCAGAUCCGCGCCUAAACCUCGCCCGUCCAGACCUUCGUACGAAGAACCUCCUCGAUCGUACAGAGCGCGCCCCGCCGAAAAUUUCGAAGAAGCGCCACCCAGGUAUCGACCGGAAGGACACUACAGACCACCUGCCGACGUACCCAGAAGACCCUCUUCCUCUCGACAAGUCAGCAGCUACGGAAAUUCGGCGGCCGUCCAGUACGACGACGAAUAUUAAGAGAGGGACUAUUUUUUUUUUUAAAGGCCCGACGCCAUUUUUAAAAUCUACACCACCAACCGCGAGGCUUAAAACACGAGGCGAAUUAUGUUUUUAAAUUAUAUCCAUUGUAAAUACUUCCCGAAAAAUUGUUAAUGACACGCGCCGAAUCAAUCAGGGAACCGUUUUUAUCAUUUUUAUGGUUACGUCCAUUAGCAAUUUUUCUCUUCGUCUAACCAUUAACGUAAAUUCCUUCUUUACUCGCUAAAAAAUUCUUGGUCAAUGUUUACCUAGGUAGUCCAAGAU